UGUUUCAACAAUGAUGGUCUACAUGAUUUUUCUAGUUGGCCUAGCGAGCGUGUGCGGGGCUGCCGACGAGCUUUUACCACCUGCAGUGAAUGACGUUACGACCCAAGGGCCACCGAACCCCUACAGCUUCCAGUACAAGGCCGGCCGUUACCCCGGGCACGUCGACCGCGUCCAGAGUGAGAUCGGCGACGGCACUGGCCGCGUCAGAGGAUCGUACUCGUUCAUCGAUCCGAAAUUGAAGGUGCGAACCGUUGAGUACACGGCGGACGAGAACGGGUUCCACCCGGCCUUGAUAAACUACGAUGACGUGCUGAAUUACCAGCCGAAGGACUCCGAGGCCGUGAGGCGAGCUAAGGAGCGGCACAACGUGCUCUAUCAAAAAAUCGCCGCCUCGAGGUCCCAAGGUGCUCCAGUCGCGGAGUUGCCCAAGGACUCGGCGAGCGUGGCCAGAGCCAAGGACCGGCACAACAGCUUGUACCGGAAAAUCGCGGCCGAGCACGCGGCCAUAGCGAGCGAGCGCGAGGCACAGAGGCGAGCUUUCGAGGCGACUUCGGUGGCUAAUGAAGUCAGCGAGCCGGAGGCGUACCUUCAUUGACGCGUUGCUUGCUUCAUCGUUGAACAAUGUUUCUGCUGUUUUUUCUCUUCUUUUCAUCGUUACCGAUUGAAAAAAGUGACGAGAGUUCUUACUGUGCCAAGUUUACUUUAUUCUUUUUGGUCUCGACAGUAUAUAAAUUGCCUUUUUAUUAUAAGAUAUGCAUUUUAAAUUCGUUGAAUCGUAUGUUUGUUUUUUUUGUUUUGUUUUUUCCGGUAUAGCAGAUGACAAAUUUGAAUACUACAGAUAUUUUUCGUUGCUACGACAUCUACAUAUUUUAGCAGAGUUCUUAGAACGGAAUUUUUUU